AUGUUUCGCCGUCCUGUGGUGCGUGCGACCAAGUUACGGCAUUCAGCGAGAUUUGCUGCCAAAGAAGCUGCACGAGUACUUGAUGGAGCUGAGCGAUCAUCUCUUACCAAUCAAAAGCUCGCUUCCCUAGAGCAGGACAAUGCCCACGAAGAUCCGCACGCCAAUAUCGUUUGGAGGAAAGAUCUUCCCAACUUCGAAGAUGAGAUGAUCGGAGGACCGAAAAAGAAGGCAAAUCGCAAACGUCCCAGUUCAGCAACACCUGGUGCAAAUCCUGCGAAGAGAAGGCGAAAGUUCCGUGCUCGACGCUUUCGAAACUUCAUUUCUGCUUUGGACGAGGCAAAUCAGAAAUAUCGCAAGAAUAAGAGGUUAUAUCGCGCCUUCUUCAAAGCAACAGCUCCAGCUCCCAAAGUGAAAGGCAGGAAAUUUUGCGCUCCAUGUGGCGAUGUAGGCAUCUAUUCAUGCACAAGAUGUGGAACUCCUUAUUGUUCGAUUGCUUGUCGAGAUAUUCAUUUGGAUACAAGGUGUCAACGAUGGAUACGUUAA